AUGCAGAGUGUUAACAUUCCGUUGGUUGCCUUGCUGUUGGCCGGACUAGCAGUGGCGUUGGGUGAACAGAACAGCCCUAGGUGUACGGUGUCCGUAACAACCGCUAGUGGUAGUAGGGCUCGCGCUGGACCUUACUGUGCAGGAGAACUUAUCUUUGAGGAUAACUUCAAUACGCUGGACUUUGAAACAUGGGAGCAUGAAAAUACUCUCAGCGGUGGAGGCAAUUGGGAGUUUCAAUGGUAUCUGAACCACCGAUCGAACUCUUACUGUGAAAAUGGUAUCUUCUACAUCCGUCCGACACUGCUUGCGGAUGAUACGGGUGAGGCCUUCUUGAGCAGCGGUACCUUGAACGUUCACGGUGGAUCGCCAGCUGAUCAGUGCACAAAUCCCACGAACUGGGGAUGUGAGCGUAGCGGUACUCCGACGAAUUUGAUCAACCCCAUCAAGAGUGCCCGUGUGCGCACGGUGAACUCUUUCAACUUCAAGUACGGAACGAUGGAGGUUCGUGCCCGUAUGCCCACCGGGGAUUGGCUCUGGCCCGCUGUUUGGUUGCUGCCGAAGCGUCAGGUGUAUGGAACGUGGCCUGCCUCGGGUGAGAUCGAUCUGCUGGAGUCUCGAGGUAACCUGGACUAUCGAGGCGCUGAUGGAGUUCAUAUCGGGACGGAGCAAUUCGGAUCUACGCUUCAUUUCGGACCGAGUCCCACUCUUAACGGAUGGGAUACGACUGUUGCAUACAAAAACUCACCCGCAGGACAGGGCUGGAACACAGGGUUCCACAACUAUCAGCUCACCUGGACGCCCGAUUAUAUCCGUUUCUCGGUUGACAACCAAGUCGUCCGACAGAUCGAUGCCGGUACUGGAUUCUGGAACCGUGGAAACUUCGGCAACAUUGCGCCGGGCACUGAGAACCCUUGGAUUCAUGGAACUCGUAUGGCUCCUUUCGAUCAGGAGUUCUACAUUAUCUUGAACUUGGCUGUCGGUGGCACGAACGGAUACUUCCCAGAUGUUCCGCCUGCGUCCAAUGGUAACCGAGGUAAGCCGUGGUCAAACACCUCACCGACUGCUGCCCGUGACUUCUGGAAUGCACGCGGCUCUUGGCUUCCGACGUGGCGUAUGACCGACAACCGGGGCAAGGAGUCUUCUCUGCAAAUUGAUUACGUGCGCGUUUGGGCAUUGUAA